AUGAGAAAUAAUGUUUUGCCCUCUCUGCACCGCUCUUCCUCUCUCUCUAAAAAGCUCUCUGGUCUGGUUAGGGUUUUCUCUUGCGCCGAUUUUGAAGUCAUCCGAUUCCGGAGUGAAUAUCUCUUUCGCACCUCCGCAUACUUCACCCUCAGGGAGAAUAUGGCUAUGGAAAUCACGCAGGUUCUAUUGAGUGCCCAAGCUGUUGAUUCAGCUGUAAGGAAGCAUGCAGAAGAAACUCUGAAACAGUUUCAUGAGCAAAACCUUCCUGCCUUCUUGCUGUCCCUUUCUGGGGAGCUUGCUAACGAGGAGAAGCCUGUGGAAAGCCGUAAAUUAGCAGGUUUGAUUCUAAAAAAUGCCUUGGAUGCCAAGGAGAAGCACAUGAAGCACGAGCUUUUCCAAAGAUGGCUAUCGUUAGAUGUUGCUGUGAAGGGACAGAUCAAAGCAGGCUUGUUACUGACCCUCUCUUCUGCUGCACCGGAUGCUAGGUCGACAGCAUCACAAGUCAUUGCCAAGGUUGCGGGCAUUGAAAUGCCACAUAAGCAGUGGCCUGAGCUAGUAGCUACCCUCUUAUCCAAUGUUCAUCAGGUCUCGCCCCAUCUCAAGCAAGCCACCCUUGAGACGCUGGGGUAUAUGUGUGAAGAAGUGGAACCAGAUGUUGUCGAUCAAGAUGAAGUAAAUAAGAUACUCACAGCUGUGGUUCAAGGCAUGAAUGCUAACGGUGGUAAUACUGAAGUCCAGCAUGCUGCCACCCGGGCUUUGUACAAUGCGCUUGGGUUUGCCCGGGCAAACUUUUCCAAUGAUAUGGAGCGUGACUACAUAAUGAGGGUUGUAUGCGAGGCCACUCUAUCGCCUGAAAUCAAAAUCCGGCAGGCUGCAUUUGAGUGUCUGGUCUCAAUCGGCUCGACUUAUUACGAGCAGUUGUCUCCGUACAUACAAGACAUCUUCAACAUCACGUCCAAGGCUUUCCUGGAUGAUGAGGAGCCCGUCGCUCUUCAGGCAAUUGAGUUUUGGAGUUCGGUCUGUGACGAGGAGAUUGAUAUUCUGGAGGAGUAUGGAGAUGAUUUCACUGGCGAUUCUGAUGUCCCGUUCUUCAAUUUCAUCAAACAGGCACUGCCGGCACUUGUUCCUUUGUUACUUCAGACGCUUCUUAAGCAAGAAGAAGAUCAAGACCAGGAUGAGGGCUCGUGGAACCGUGCGAUGGCCGGUGGAACUUGUCUUGGCUUGGUGGCACGUACAGUCGGGGAUGAUAUUGUGACCGCUUGUGAUGCCGUUUAUAGAAGAAAAUAUAACGAAACCUGA